CCGCGAUCUAGCCCUUAUCGCCUAUUCGGGAUUUCCUAUUCGGAUUCUCUUCUGACGUAGCCAGAUCUAUCCGCCCGCGAUAUCAACAAAGCCCCUCGGUGUGCAGUUUUCUCUCCCCCCUCCCGGUUGUUCUCGCAGAAAGGAAAGUCGUCACCUAUAACCCACCGUGUCUUCAAUACUACCCGUAUCUUUUUAGAUCUAUCAUAAUGGGCCCUCCCGCUAUCAUUGCUCCCUCCAUCUUGAGCGCGGAUUUCGCGACUCUCGGGGCCGAAUGCUCAGCGAAGAUGCACGAAGGGGCAGACUGGUUGCAUGUCGACAUCAUGGACGGCCACUUCGUUCCAAAUAUGACAUUUGGAGCCCCAGUUGUGACUAAGAUUCGAUCGCACGUUGCACGGCCGUCACAGCCUCUUGGAACGGGAACGUUUGAUUGCCAUUUGAUGAUUAUGGAGCCACACCGAUGGGUCAAAGACUUUAAGAAAGCAGGCUGCGACCUUUACUGUUUCCACUACGAGGCUGCGGUUUCCUCCGUUGCUGCCACGGAACCUGCGGACAAGACGACAACGCGACGGACAAGUCCCAAGGAAUUGAUUCGGUAUAUCCACGAAGAAGGGAUGCAGGCUGGUAUCGCUAUUAAACCUGACACGCCAGUGGAUGUUCUGUGGGACAUCUUGGGGAACAAGGAGGAGAUUGAGAGACCUGAUAUGGUCCUUGUGAUGACCGUCUAUCCUGGUUUCGGAGGACAGAAAUUUAUGGCAUCGGAAUUGCCCAAGGUCAAAGCCCUACGUGAGCGAUACCCGAACCUCAACAUUGAGGUAGACGGUGGCCUCGGCCUGGGAACAAUCGACCAGGCAGCCGACGCUGGUGCGAACGUGAUUGUGGCCGGUUCAGCGGUGUUUGGUGCCCAGGAUCCUAAGGAUGUGAUCGCAAAGUUGCGUGAGGCGGUAGAGAAAAGAAGGGGCUAACGGCGGCCAGAUAUUUUUUGCAGAGGGGACACUAGCAUAGUACUUUAUGGGCUUUACGGGGGAUCUGUGGCAACCACCGAUUUGAUCGUGGCGAUGCCAGGACAUUUAAUGUCCACGGCUGGCACUCCGUGGUGUUGUAGCACUUGGUAGAGGCCUCACUGGGACACCCUAAGAGUAGUGCUUUAAGAUGCCCGGUGUCUUUGGGAUAUCUCAGCAUGAGCAUCGAAACGUAGAUACCGAAUAAAUCUGGCAUGUUUAAUUCUCUUUCCAGUACAAGAGCCAAAUGCAACAGCAUAUCCUGUGGAUGUGUCAAAAAGAAGGCAACUUGAUAACUAAGCAGACCGUACCCUUUCCACCAUGUAGGCCUCCAUUAGUUAGUUAACCUCAUCACGUGAUAAUUCAAC